CGGCGCAGGCGCUGAGUACGCGUGUCGCGGUGCGGGGCGGACGCGCACGCUGUUUGCGGGUCCCUGUGUGGGUCUGGGGCGCAGAACCGAGUCACUGCUGUGCGGGCGUCAUGUCAGACAAUGAGGACAAUUUUGAUGGCGACGACUUUGACGAUGUGGAAGAAGAUGAAGGGCUAGAUGACUUGGAGAAUGCUGAGGAGGAGGGCCAGGAGAAUGUGGAGAUCCUUCCCUCUGGAGAGCGACCGCAGGCCAACCAGAAACGCAUCACUACACCAUAUAUGACCAAGUAUGAACGAGCCCGCGUGCUGGGUACCCGAGCCCUCCAGAUCGCGAUGUGUGCCCCUGUGAUGGUCGAGCUGGAGGGGGAGACAGAUCCCUUGCUCAUCGCCAUGAAAGAGCUCAAGGCCCGAAAGAUCCCCAUCAUCAUCCGGCGCUACCUGCCCGACGGGAGCUAUGAAGAUUGGGGGGUAGAUGAGCUCAUCAUCACCGACUGAGCUGGAACCACUUCCUGACGGUGCCUCAGCCCCACUUCUGUUCUCAUGUUCUUUAUACAUGUAAAUAAUAAACUAUUCAGCCUUUCUA